AUGGGAUGGAGUAAGAAAGAUGCAAUGCCACUCAGGCCCAUGUUAGUGGAAGAGCCUUUCACUCAAUGGGGCCUUGAUUUUAUCGAAAUGAUCAACCCCCCAAGUUCAGCCGGACAUAAGUGGAUCCUGACUGCUACUGAUUAUUUCACCAGAUGGUCUGAAGUUGUUCCUUUAUGGAAUUCAUUAGAAAGCGAGGUGUUGGCUUUCCUAGAGGAUCUGACAUGCCGAUACGGUCCCCCAAAAAUUAUUAUAUCAGAUAAUGUGCACGCAUUCACAGGUUCUGAAUACAAGAGGGAAUGGCAUCACCACCUAAGAAGCGCAUUAUGGGCGGACUGCAUAACACCCAAGAAGAUUCUAAAGAACUCCCCGUAUAAGCUGAUAUACGGAAAAGAUGCACUUUUCCCCAUGUCGCUAGAGAUCUCGGCGUUGCAAUUACUAAAAUCAAUGGAAGUGGCCGAAAACAGCCCUAUGGCUGUAAGAUUGGCAGAGAUUAUGGAGCUAGAAGAAGCAAGGGAGGCAACCUUCAUGGCCGUCCAAGACAGACAGGAAGUCGUCAAAAGAUGGUUUGACAGUAAAAAGAGCUCUGAUCUGGUCUUCACCCUCGGGGACCUUGUAUUGAAAUAA